AAUUCAGUAUUUGAUUGUUUUUGUUUCCAACUCCAAGCUUCCAAGUCACGCCUUAUUUAAUCCCACGUGAACAAUACAAGCACAAACCCGACCAUUUACAUCACGGCACGCCACCUCUUUCCCCUGAUUUUCUCUCUCUCGUCGGCGAAAAUGCCACCAACACCACUCACCUUCGCUCUGCCAUUACUCUCACUCACACUCCUCUCUUUCUCUCUCCUCUUCUCCGCCUCCGCCGCCACCAAAUCCGCCGCACACCUCCUCCAUCGCCGGCCAUCUCACGGCGGAAGUCUCUGCGAAGAGCUCAUCAUUCCCUCCGGCUACCCUUGCUCCGAACACUCCGUUCAAGCCAAGGAUGGAUUUGUACUUGCACUUCAGCGUGUAUCGUCUUCUUCUUCGGAUCAAUUGAGGUUGCGACGAGGUCCUCCUGUGCUUCUUCAACAUGGACUUUUUAUGGGAGGAGAUUCAUGGUUUUUGAACUCAAAAGAAGAAUCUUUGGGUUUCAUUCUUGCUGAUCGUGGAUUUGAUGUGUGGGUUGGUAAUGUACGAGGAACACGGUGGAGUCAUGGACAUAUUUCUCUUUCAGAGAGAAGCAAGGCAUAUUGGGACUGGAGCUGGGAGGAAUUGGCACUGUUUGAUCUUGCAGAAAUGAUUGAGUAUGUGUAUCAGGAGACGAGCUCAAAGAUUUUCCUUGUUGGACAUUCACAGGGGACUAUAAUGUCUUUGGCUGCUUUCACUCAGCCAGACAUAGUGAAAAAGGUGGAAGCUGCUGCUCUUCUUUCUCCAAUAUCAUACUUGGAUCAUGUUAGUGCACCGUUUGUUCUUCAGAUGGUUAAUAUGUACCUUGACAAGAUGGUAAUUGCAAUGGGCUUUCAUCAACUUAACUUUCGGAGUGAUGCAGGAGUUCAGCUUUUGGAUUCUGUAUGUGAUGGCCAUCUAGACUGUGAAGACUUGUUGGCUUCUAUAACUGGAAAGAAUUGCUGCUUUAACACCUCAAGGGUGGAUUUAUACCUUGAAUACGAGCCCCAUCCCUCAUCAGCCAAAAACAUAAACCAUCUUUUUCAAAUGAUCCGUCAGGGUACAUUUGCCCGGUAUGACUAUGGGAUGUUAAAAAAUCUGAGACUUUAUGGGUCUGUAAAACCCCCCAGAUUUGAUCUUAGCCUUGUUCCAGAGUCAUUGCCGUUGUGGAUGGCUUAUGGAGGCAAUGAUGCCUUAGCUGAUGUGACAGAUGUACAACACACUCUCAAGGAGUUGCCAUGCAAAAAAGAGGUUCUUUAUCUUGAAAGUUAUGGCCAUGUUGAUUUUCUCUUGAGUGUGAAUGCAAAGGAAGAUAUAUAUGAACGCAUGAUAGAGUUUUUCAGCUCUUGGGGGAAAUCAAGCAGCUUCUAAGGGGCUGCUUUAAAGUGUAUAUAUUCAUUAUAUUGUAAAGCUAUUGCAACACUAUAUAUCUCUUCUGGGAGCCGAAAUUGAUAUGCGAAGUAGAAUGACAGCAGGAUCAUACAUAGACAAAUAUCUUCUGGCAAUCUAUGAUGCAAGUAUAUAAUAGGGAUUAUAGGAUUGAUCAGGUUAGUUCUGCGUGCUUUGGAUGCUUGCUAUUACCUUCCAUUGUGUGGGCCUAUCCCCAGUAAAUUUUUACUGCAUAUAUAGCAGCAUCAGGACAACUAGGAAGCGGGAUGCUGUAAGCUUAGUUUUAUCCGAAUCUAUUGAUAAUUGUUCCUGCGUGACAAAAAGAUGCUCUUGUUCUGGUGUUAUAUUGUGUAAUGUUCAGUAAAACUAAUGUUAAAUAUUGUAUGUUUAUUAUGUAUUGUAUAUAAGAUAAGAGUAUAUAUCAACUCAUAGGGAGUAAAUUCUCACAUGUUUUUUUGACGAGAACAUGGACUUAUUGGGUGUUGAUUAAUAGAAUAGAUGUGAAAACCA